AUGUCAAAUUUUGAGCAGUUUCACUUCGACUUUUACCAGUCUAAUUAUACCAUAGAGGACCAGGAAGAAGUUUGCAACAGCUAUGGCUCAGACAAAAACCUUUGUGAAAGCAGAAAGAGCCCGACAGAAAAGCAUCCUGCAGCUUUAGUCCCGUCAGACGUGCAGCCGUCCCCUCAGAGCUACACGGGGCACAUUCUGCAGCCUGCCUGCGGUCCCGACGCUGCUGCUCAGCUCGGGUAUGUCGACGGAUUUGACGAGGAAACUCCUUUGCUAGAAGAACUUGGAAUCAAUUUUGAGCAUAUAUGGCAGAAAACAUUAACAGUUCUAAAUCCAAUGAAGCCUGCGGAUGCCAGCAUUAUGGAUGAGACAGACCUCACUGGACCCAUGGUUUUCUGUUUGGCCAUUGGAGCAACAUUGCUGAUGGCAGGAAAAGUUCAUUUUGGCUACGUGUAUGGGAUAAGUGCCAUGGGGUGCCUUGCCAUGCAUGCCCUGCUGAACCUGAUGGGUGCCUCAGGAGUCUCACACGGCUGUGUUGCAAGUGUCCUGGGCUACUGCCUGCUGCCCAUGGUCAUCCUGUCCUCUUCUGCUGUUGUCUUCUCACUGCAGGGGAUCCCAGGAACUGUGUUUUCUCUGUUUAUUGUUGGAUGGUGCAGUUUGUCAGCCUCCAAAAUUUUUACGUCUGCAUUGGCCAUGGAGGGACAGCAGCUCCUCAUUGCAUACCCAUGUGCUUUACUUUAUGGACUUUUUGCACUUCUAGCAGUUUUCUGA